ACCACAGGUAUCAACAGCAGAAGAAGUCGAUGUUAAUGUUGUGUUUUCUGUGAAGUUUUCUCAAACCUGUGAGCUUUAAAGUGACCAAGCUAUCUAAAAUCAAAGACGAAACUGUGAAAGCUUUUUUUUAAAGAUGAAGUUGAACAUCGAAGGUCUGCUGGUGUAUUUUCCGUAUGAUUACAUCUAUCCGGAGCAGUACUCCUACAUGCUGGAGCUGAAGAGGACUCUGGACGCAAAGGGUCAUGGAGUGCUGGAGAUGCCUUCAGGAACAGGGAAGACCAUCUCCCUGCUGUCCCUCAUCGUUGCUUAUCAGAGGGCUUUCCCGCUGGAUGUGACCAAACUGAUCUACUGCUCCAGGACGGUUCCAGAGAUCGAGAAGGUGGUGGAGGAGCUCAGGAAGCUGAUGGAGUUCUAUGCCAAAGAAACCGGAGAAGUCAACAACUUCCUGGCUCUGGCGCUGUCGUCCAGGAAGAACCUCUGCAUCCAUCCUGAGGUGAGCGCUCUGCGUUUUGGGAAGGAGGUGGACGGGAAGUGCCACAGCCUGACGGCGUCCUACAUUCGGGCUCAGCGCCACAGCAACCCCGACCAGCCCGUCUGCCGCUUCUACGAGGAGUUCGACUCUGUCGGCCGGCAGGUUCCUCUUCCUGCUGGCAUCUACAACCUGGACGACCUGAAGGACUUUGGCAGACGGAAAGGCUGGUGUCCGUAUUAUCUGGCUCGGUAUUCGAUUCUUCACGCCAACAUCGUAGUCUACAGCUACCACUACCUUCUGGACCCAAAGAUAGCAGACCUGGUGUCCAAAGAGCUCGCCAAGAAAUCUGUGGUUGUGUUUGAUGAAGCUCAUAACAUCGACAACGUUUGCAUCGACUCCAUGAGCGUGAACAUCACCAGAAGAACUCUGGACCGCUGUCAGAACAACGUGGACACACUGCAGCACACCAUCCAGAGGAUUAAGGACACUGACGCCGCCAAGCUGAGGGAGGAGUACCGGCGGCUGGUGGAGGGGCUGAAGGAGGCAAACGUCGCCAGAGAGACGGACGUCUACCUGGCCAAUCCGGUCUUACCUGAUGAGAUCCUGCAAGAGGCCGUCCCCGGCUCCAUUCGCACAGCCGAGCACUUCCUGGGCUUCCUGCGGCGCUUCCUGGAGUACCUGAAGUCCCGCCUGCGCGUCCAGCAUGUGGUUCAGGAGAGCGCUCCCCAGUUCCUGAAGGACAUCUUUGAGAAGGUCUGCAUUGACCGCAAACCCCUCAGGUUUUGUGCAGAAAGGCUCCAGUCGUUGCUUCGAACUCUGGAGAUCGCCGACAUCGCAGACUUCUCCGCCGUCACUCUCAUCUCCAACUUCGCGACUCUCGUCAGCACCUACAGCUUAGGUUUCACCAUCAUCAUCGAACCGUUCGACGACAGAACUCCGACCAUCGCCAACCCCGUCCUUCACUUCAGCUGCAUGGAUCCGUCUAUAGCCAUCAAACCGGUUUUCCAGAGGUUCCAGUCGGUGGUCAUCACGUCUGGGACCCUCUCCCCUCUGGACAUCUACCCUAAAAUCCUGGACUUCCGUCCCGUCACCAUGGCGUCCUUCACCAUGACGCUGGCGCGGACCUGCCUGUGCCCCCUGAUCGUGGGCCGAGGGAACGACCAGGUGGCGCUCAGCUCCAAGUUUGAGACCAGAGAAGACUUCGCUGUGAUCCGUAACUAUGGCAACCUGCUCCUGGAGAUGUCUGCGAUCGUUCCCGACGGGAUCGUGGCGUUUUUCACCAGCUACGUCUACAUGGAGAACAUCGUGGCGUCGUGGUACGAGCAGGGAAUCCUGGAGAACAUCCAGAGGAACAAACUGAUCUUCAUCGAGACUCCGGAUGCAGCCGAGACCAGCAUGGCUCUGGAGAAGUACCAGGAGGCCUGUGAGAACGGCAGAGGAGCCAUCCUGCUGUCGGUGGCGAGGGGGAAGGUCUCCGAGGGAAUCGAUUUUGUGCAUCACUUUGGCCGCGCCGUCAUCAUGUUCGGAGUUCCUUAUGUUUACACGCAGAGCCGGAUCCUGAAGGCGCGGCUGGAGUACCUCAGGGAUCAGUUCCAGAUCCGGGAGAACGACUUCCUGACGUUCGACGCCAUGCGCCACGCCGCUCAGUGUGUGGGCCGGGCCAUCCGAGGGAAGACCGAUUACGGCCUCAUGAUCUUCGCCGACAAGCGAUACGCUCGAGCCGACAAGCGAGGAAAGCUGCCCCGAUGGAUCCAGGAGCACAUCAACGACGGCAGCCUGAACCUCACGGUGGACGAGACCGUCCAGCUGUCCAAGCACUUCCUGCGGCAGAUGGCCCAGCCCUUCCGACAGGAGGACCAGCUGGGUCUGUCUCUGCUGACGCUGGAGCAGCUGCAGUCUGAGGAAAUGCUGAAGAGAAUUACCCAGAUCGCUCACCAGGCCUGAGGCGGUCGCCGUGGUAACGCUGUGAUGGAACAGGCUCCUUUGAAAACCUUUAAACCUGUUUCCUGUCUGUCAUACAGACUGUAAAUAACAUGUUUUUACUGCAUUUCAUUAAAAAACUGUUUUUAUUCUUGAUAAAA